AUGAAUAAUACUGAAGUUAGGAAAUGUCUGACCUGUCAAAAGAAGAGGAAAGAUGACGAACCCAAGGAAGAUAGAAAGUACAAGAAAUGCCCUCAGUGUCGCAUAAAACAGCACCAACGAUAUAUAGAGGCCCGCAGACAUAUCGAGGACAGUUUGAAUAGUGGAAUUAGGUUAUGUCUGUGCUGUGGCAAGGAGAGGCCAAAUGAUGAACCAGAGACAGUGAGAAAGUUCAAGUAUUGUACGGAGUGUCGUGUCUAUAAUCGUCAGAGACGGGUGAAUUACCGACGAUAUCUUAAGGAGAGUUGUAAUUCUGGAAAUAGGAGAUGUGCUCAGUGUGGCAAGAAAAGGCCAGACGAUGAACCAGAUGAAGCUCGACAGUUCAGGUGUUGCUUAGAUUGUCGUCUCCGUGAACGUCAGCGUUUCGAAGAGACCAAAGCAUAUAUUGAGGAUAGCUGCAAUAAUGGAAUUAGGUUAUGUACCAGAUGUGGUAAAGAAAGAUCGGAUGAUGAACCAGAGGAUAUUAGAGUGUUCAAAACCUGCACAAGAUGUCGUCUCUAUCUUAACCAGAGACGCAAUAACAAAAUUACGUUGGUGCUCCUGAGAGAUAGUGGGGAGAGCUCCGAUAGAAAAAUUAGAGUAUGUCUGGGAUGUACUAAGGAGAGGACAGAGGAUGAACCAGAGGAAGAUAGAAAGUUCAAGCUUUGCGCAGAGUGUCGCCUUAGACAUCGUCAGAGAGGCGAACGGGCCCGACGAGAAAUUAUAGAGAAGUGCGACAGUGGAGAUAGGCUAUGUAUGAGAUGCAGAAAGACGAGGCCAGAUGAUGAGUCAGAGGAAGAGAGAAAGUUCAGGCAUUGCAGAGAGUGUCGUCUUCGUGGCCGUCUUCGUGAUCGUCAGAGAACAAGCGCUUCCCAAAGAGAUUCGGAGAAGAGUUCUAGUGAGGUGGUCAACAAGACAUGUCUGCAGUGUAAAAAGAAAAGGCCAGAUGAUGAACCAGAGGAUGCAAGAAUGUUCAAGCUUUGCCCAGAAUGUCGUCUUCGUGCUCGCCAGAUAAACAGAGAGCGCCGAAGACAAGAUGGAGCAUGCCUGAGUUGUAAAAAGAAGAGGCAAGAUGAUGAACCAGAGGAUGCAAGAAAGUUCAAAUUAUGUCCAAGCUGUCGUCUGCGUUCUCGUCGGAGAAAUCGAGCUCUCCGUUCUUCGCAUAUCCCCAAAAAUAUUACACCCAUAGUGUCUACUUCCAGUCCUAUAUUGGAAGUAGAAGUUAUCGCAAGCGAUGAAGAUGAGGAUAACGAGAUAUCUGAGGAACCAUUUGAUUUGUCCUCUUCGGAUUUCCUUGACAAAAUGGGACCAAAUCCUCAAUUGCAAUCUGAGUAUAGACAGCAUUUAGACAGCGAAGGACUCAUGAGCUUCUUGGAGCGUUAUAUACCAGAGACCAUGAAUAAGUUUGAUAUUUGUAAAAUGAUCAUCGAUUUGGGAUAUCCUAAAGACAGAAUAGAAGAUUACCACCAUUUUAUAGUUACUGAAACCCUUCAGGUUUUAAUUGAUUUAAUUUGUAAAGACAAUUCCCAAGAGUCCCAACGAAAAGGAUCCUUCGGAACAGUACGAAAAGUCAAACAUAAACCAGAUGGUAAGAUUUUAGUUCGGAAGGAAAUUGAAUAUACUUCUAUGAAUAUUCAAGAACGAAAUCAAUUAAUAUCAGAAUUACGAAUCUUACGAGAACUAACUCAUCCAAAUAUUGUUAAAUACUAUCUUCAUGAUCAUAUUCCUGAAAAUAAAUCAAUUCAUAUAUAUAUGGAAUAUUGUGACGGAGGAGAUUUAGCCCAAGUCAUAUCUAAUUUUAAAAAGAAUCGAGAACAAGUUCCUGAAGAAUUUAUCUGGCAAGUAAUGGUUCAAAUCUUAUUAGCAUUAUAUCGAUGUCAUUAUGGUUCAGAUGCUAGUAAGGUUAACUUAUUUGGAAAUGCAGGAAAUAACUCCAAUACCGGUCCAAAUAUUAAUUCAGAAGCAGUUGUCAUUCAUCGAGAUAUCAAACCAGACAAUAUAUUCAUGUUGAAUUCAGGUAAGACCAUAAAGUUGGGAGAUUUUGGAUUAGCAAAAAUGUUAACGCUGAAGAAUGAUUUUGCCAAAACAUACGUUGGAACUCCAUAUUAUAUGUCACCUGAAGUACUUGUUGAUAAUCCGUAUUCUCCAGUAUGUGAUAUUUGGUCACUUGGGUGUGUCUUGUAUGAAUUAUGUUCUUUACAACCGCCAUUUCAAGCGAAAACUCAUUUACUGUUACAAGCCAAGAUCAAAAAGGGGAAUAUACCUGAUUUACCUAAUUAUUAUUCAACCCAACUUAAAUCAUUAAUUAAGGAGUGUAUCACGGUUGAUCCGGACUUAAGACCUACUUGUUUUGAUUUAAUAAAUUCUUUAUCUAUACGGUUUCUCAGGAAGGAAAUGGAACUAAAGGAAAUAAGUAGUAAUCUUAAUGAGUUUCAGAAGCAAUUACUAAAUAAGCAUGAGGAACUCAAGAAGAAAGAAGUUUACUUAAACAACUUAGAACGUAAAUUAGCUUCACAAAGAGAGGAAGAUCAAAUAGAAACAACAAAUAUGCAAAAGAAACUACUUGCUCAAAAGAAGAAAUUUGAAGAUGAUUUAAUUGAAGAAUUCGAAAUGAGAAUGAGAGCAAUGGAUCUAGAAGCAAAAGAAGUCAGAUUGGGAUAUCAGCGAGAAUUCAAAAUGGUUGUUGAACAAGAAGUACAAGAACGAUUGAAAGAAAUAUUGUUUGCCAAGACAAAUGAACUACAGAAGUCUGCAGAACCAGUCAGCUACAAACCACCAUCCCUAAAUCAACAAACUCCAUCCCCGCAACAACCUCCACUUCAACAGCAGCAGCAAGGACGCCCAUUACUGUAUCAUCAAGAUAUGCAAUCUCCAAAACCAAGAGGACCCAAGGAAUUGUUCGAAGAUAAUUUGCGUCGUACCCCAUUAAAGAAUAGAAAUAAUGAAGAUUUAGAUUAUCUUUAUCAAAAAUCUCCCAUUAGAAUCCCACAAACUACCACUAAUGUCCCCAAGAGGAGAAUAACUGAUGAAAUGGAACGGUUAAAUUUAGAAAAGAGGCAUACCCCUGAUUAUGAAGAUGUAUAUCUUCGUAAGAAUUAUCGGAAUAUUUAA